CUGUAUAAUACCGUCAAAAGUUCUUCCUUUUCACUUCCUCCACAUUGCUCUCGCUCUUAUCGACAAUUUGCGUCUUCUGGGUAUUUCGUAAUUGUAGUGGUUUAGUUGCGAUUAUUACACUUUAUGAUAAUAAUAUUUUAUCAUUAUGUUUUUUAAUUGCUUAUUUAUCGUAAUGUUUCGUAUUGUGCUUUACCUUUUUCCUUAAAUCACGCGCUGUCCCAUUUCCACCACUUAUGUGCAUUUAGAGUUAGAAAUAUUAUGAGAUAGACCUAAAUUUGAACUGGUUAGCAUCGUGCUGCCACUGAUUGCGAGAGCGGUAAUAAGUGAUUUUGUGUGAUCUUCAUUUUCGGUGAAGAUGGCUGCGAAUUCUGGGAACAUGUCAUUUGCAUCGUCUCAAUCUGGUUCACAGGCCCAUGGGGAUACUGAUUCUGUUCACGUUGCAGUGUGUUCCCUUUGUGAUAAGGCCCUAUCACAUGAUAAUAAGAUGGCAAGCGAUCUUGCUAGCCAUGGUGUGUGCGGCGAUUGUAAAUUUUUGUUACUUGAAGACUUUGGGAAUCAUACAUUUACCCAAAGUUCACGAAGGAGGCUUAGAGGAAGAUUCAGGCGCAACAGUUCUGAAUCCGUGGAUAAUAGUUUCUCACAGCAGAUCCCUCAUGUGCAUAGUAUGGUGAGACAAUAUGAAUCACUUACCUCUGGAGAGGAUGAUCAACUUGUGGAUGGUGACACCCCUGCUUGGUCAAUGCAAUAUGUUAGUACACACACUACCCCAAGUGGGUCUAGAAGGUGGAGGCAUGUUCUGUCUGACACUGACAGUGAUGGUUUUGAUAAUUGGACUUCUCUUUAUGGUGAAAAUGAAUCAAGUGUGAGUUUUAGACGGUACAGGGUUCCCCAUGAUGAUGAGAUAGAGUCUUUCUCUGCUUAUGGAGGCGACUCAGAUAUUUCUAUGGAUACUCAUAGUUUUGUAGGCACUGGACUCUUUAAUUUACCAGAUGAGGGAGAUGAGGGAGAUGAGUUCGAUAGUGACACUGACAUUGAUCCAAUGCAUGCUGGCCAUGGCCAAUGGAUUUCAGAUGAAGAUGAUGAAGAAGAGGAUGCAGAUGGGGAGGUGGAGGAGGAGGAAGAAGAAGAAGAAGAAGAAGAAGAAGAAGAAGAAAAUGAUGAUGAUUAUGAUGAAGAGGAGGAGGAUAGGGAAUGGGAAUUAGCUGAGGCUGAGGAAGCUGAAGCCACAGCCCGCCUUCAAAUUUUUUUCACCUCAAGUCCAAGUGAGAGCGCAGAUCGCAACAAUUGGGAACAGAGGUUUAAUUCUACUGAAUCUGAGGGAAUGUUUAGCCAUAUAAUCAGGGAUACUUGGCAAGCUUUUGAGGAUGUUGAUUUACCUCAUGGAGCAAACUUUGGGGAUUAUCUUGAUGCUAGACGUUUCGAAGAUCUACUUGAGCAUCUUGCUGAGAAUGACAACUCAAGACGAGGAGCACCUCCCGCGGCCGUGUCUUUCACGAAAAAUCUGCCACGUGUAGUCAUUGGCAAAGAACAUGAGAAGCAUGAUGAACUAGUUUGUGCCAUUUGCAAGGAUGUCCUGGCACCUGGCACUGAAGUAAAUCAACUUCCUUGUUCUCACCUUUAUCACAUUGAUUGCAUUUUGCCAUGGUUGAGUGCACGGAAUUCAUGCCCUCUUUGUCGUUAUGAGCUUCCAACCGAUGAUAAGGAUUAUGAAGAAGGAAAGCAGAACAUUGAUGGUAGAAAUGUGAUCCAUGAGAGGCAGCAAAUGGAUGUAAUAGAUGAUAGUUCCUCUGAUGUUUCUGAUGGAGAUGAGUUGAAUGAAGAGAAUGGUAGUAGUCAAGAUGUUAGCUCAGGUUCUACAGCAAUUUCUUCUACAAGAAGAAGUGGUAGAGGAAGAUGGCUUUUUCUUGCUGCAGCUCCAAUUGUUAGUUUAGUGGGCAUUGUUCUUGUAUUGUGGUUAGGCAAUAACUCUGAAAUUGAGGGAAAUAGACAUCUGGGCAGUCAUUACUUAUCCAGGCAAAAUCAACAUGCUUAUGCAUCUCCAAACCAGAGGGAUAGUAGAAGCAGAAGAUGGUGGUGCCCAUUUUAAGUAUUUCUUGAAUUGUUUAUGAAUAAUGCCUCCAGAUGGCCACUUGGGAUGAAAUUUUUAACUGACUCAUGGCGUGCCAUGUCUCCUCACCAAUUCAAGAAGACAUGUACAGAUUUUAGUUUGUAAUACCUUAUCUGUUUUCUGACACUCUUGUUUCCUUUCUUUCCUUGUUUGUGCUUCAAUGACCCAAUGUCUGAAUAUUUGGUGACCUUUCGUUGAUGAUUCAGUGUGUUGGACUUAUAUCAGUCAUUCAAUUGACUGAAAUUUCUUAGCUUGGAAAGCACCAUUAUCGCUACUAUUAUUAUAAUCCUAUUCAUUGCAAACUUUCCCAA